AUGUUGACAUGUGAUUACCCAGUUCUUCCGGAUCGGUACAAUGAUAAGGUAGAGGAGCGUUUACGAUUAACUGGAAUUUAUCAUGCGUCUCAGAUUGGGGUAGUCCAAUGUCAGAAACUACUGGUGAAUGCUCUAAUCGAAAGGUGGCACCCAAACACGCAUACCUUUUACCUUUCGAUUGGUGAAUGUGCUGUGACGCUUGAAAAUAUGGCAAUAAUUAUUGGCCUUUCGACGGACGGUCUUCCAGUCACAGAGAUGACAAUGAGUAGUUUUGAAGUCUUGGAGGUGGAGUGUUUACACCAGUUUGGAGUUGCACCCAGUAAGUCAGCAUGUAGAAGAAGCUGCAUAAAACUGACCUGGUUGCGGGAUCUAAAAGAAAACUUACAGUUGACUGAUGAAAAUAGUAUACAGAGGUAUGUGAAGUGCCACAUUAUGUUGUUGAUCAGAACGAUCUUGUUUGGGGACAAGUCUGACACAGGUGUGCCAAUCUAG